AUAUGUGUCACAGAUUGAUGUUUCCUAAAUUUGCAUGUUUUUUCCUAUUUGCAUGUUUUUUUCUAUUUGCACGUGCUUUUCCUGUUUGCAUGUGUGCUCUUACAGCAGCAGCCCCCAUUAGGCCCCCUAGGGAACUGCAGUCCCCCCCCACUUCCGCUUUGUGAUCGGAAGUCACGGGAACACUGAAUAUGGACGUGAAGUUGUUGACCCAGAACAGAACCGCGGCUCUUCUGCUCGGAGCCGGAGCCGCAGCCCUGGGCCUCGGGCUCGGAUACAAGUACCUGAGGAGGACCGAGGAGCUGGUCCGGGUGGGGGUCGUCUCUCAGCUGCUGCUUCACCCGCUGAAAUCAGCCAAAGCGGUGUCGCUGUCUCUGGCCGAGUGUGUCAAAGUCGGUCUGAAGUUUGGACACAUGCUGGACCGACACUGGCUGGUGGUGACAGACGACGGUCACAUGGUGACGGGCAGACAGGAGCCUCGUCUCGUCCUGGUGUCUCUGACUUGUGAGGGAGGUCAGGUUUGUUUGAACGGACCAAAUAUGGAGGAGCUGAGGUUUCCGGUCAAACAGCCUGACAACAACAUCAUGGACUGCAGAGUGUUUGGCAGUGACAUCCAGGGCCGGGACUGUGGCGAGGAAGCGUCUCGCUGGCUCACUCGUUAUCUGGAGGAGGAGAAAACCUUUCGCCUGGUGCACUUUGAACCGCAGAUGAAGGCCAGGAGGUCGGUGGAGAUGGAGUUUCUUUUCCCACAGCACGAGGUGGCGUACUCAGAUGUCGGUCCUGUGAUGCUGCUGUCGGAGGCCUCGGUUAAGGAUCUCAGCAGCAGGUUGGACAAGGACGUGACGGUGGACCGCUUCCGCCCAAACAUCGUGAUAAGUGACUGUGAGGCAUUCGAGGAGGACUCAUGGGAAGAGGUCCAGAUUGGCAACGUGCGGCUGCAGCGCGUCAUGUCAUGUGGAAGAUGUAUUUUCACCACAGUUGACCCUGAAACUGGUAUAAUCAACAGGAAAGAGCCUCUGGAAACCCUGAAAAGCUACCGUCGGUGCAAACCGUCCGAGAAGGACAUCUACAAGUCGGCUCCGCUGUUCGGACAGCUGCACACCGUGAAGAAGACGGGGAUCCUGCAGGUCGGAGAUGUCGUGUACAAGAUCAGCCGCUGAUAGAGCGACUCAGAGAGGGGAAGGCAUGGUUGGUGCAGUCACUGCAGGGUCACCGUGCUGCCAGGAGAGGAAGCACUUAGAUCAAGAAUGGAAAAAUAAUAAGGAAAAAACAUUAACAUGUUUUAAAUGAGGCUGUAAUUCACAGAGUCACUAAUGCCGCUCAAAUUAACCCCGAUGAUCAAGUAGUGUUUUUAUACUAGGUCGUUGAGUAACACUACUAGAACCUGAAAUGAAAAUAUUUUUGCACAUUUCAAUCCUGACACUAUUGCACAUGCUGCCAUUUAUGACAAAAACGAAAUUGUCUUGAGUUUUGGUGAUAAAAUGUGAACUAAACUAAACUGUAAUGGUUGGUCAACUUAACAGAAUGUAUAUCAAUAUAACUGGAUUAUUUUAAAUGAUCAGUUACUUAGAACACGCUUUUCUAAAUGUUGUAUUAUGGACGUUGAUUUUUUUCAAUAUAUUUUGAAGUAAAUAAAAUGAUUUAAAAUG